CGAGCAGGGCGUCAGGGCCCCUGAGGAGGAAGCAGAAGACGCGGGCUGGGCUGUGCCCUGCCUCCCGGCCGUGUGCCCCUCGGGGACAGUAGCCAGCAUCCCGGCAGGGGGUCAGGAUCUCACUUGAACUCUGCAGCCUCACCCUGGUUCCUGGUCCCGCCUGCGCCCCCCGAUCCCUGCAGCCCGCUGGGCCUCGUGAGUGUGACCCCCACUGGUGGCGAGCCCUGGGCCUGGUGCGGGAAGCGUUGUCGCCCGCCGGCCGUCUCCUCUCCAGACCUGUGGCCGAUGCUUCCCUGCCUGUGGCUCAGGCCACUCGCUGUGGCCGUGGCCACUGUGGCUCUGGCCGCCACCUGGCUUCCUCUCCGUGGAUACCGGGGGGUCCCGGGGCGGGGGUCCCGGCCUCAGAGCCGCGGCUUGCAGCCCCCCAACCUCGUGCUUCCUGGAUCUUGGGAUCCUGGGGCGUCUGGAUCCUCUGUUGAGGAAGUGGCGGGAGCCUCAUGUUUGCCCAGUUAUGGAAGUAGAGGGUUUAUUUAAAAAUCCAUGUAAGAGUCGGAAAGAAAGUUAAGAGUCGUCUGAAAUCACGGUCCAGGGUGGCCUUGCUGUUAGAUUUUGGGGGUUGUUUUGGGAGUAACUUACACGUCCGUUACACGGCUUUGCAUACGUGCUCUCAGACGGUCUUCUCCUGCUGUUCUUCUCCACGGGUUUGUCCCGGGCGUUUUCAUGUUGGUAAAUAUGAACGAUGAGAGGCGGCUUCGUUGGGCCACCUCGAAUGUGUGCGGGGGGGGAGGGGCCCGCACCCCUGUCGCGUCCUGAGUGACUCGGUUCAGGGCUGUCCCACCGUCCUGCCUCCCCCGGGACUGGUUACACUGCUACUGUCGUGGCAUCAGAUGUUCCAGGCCGUGUCCCUCGAAGGUGAGAAACCUUUACACCUGAAACUUGUAUGAUGUUGUACAUCAGCUGUAGCUCAAAAAAUAAUGCAAAUAAAUAAAGAAGAGAAAUGCCCCAAAUGCUGCACGUUGAUUCCCGAGUGUCUCCCCGCUGGUCCUAGACCCCGAGGGGCUCUGCCACUGGGGCCCCGUGGGGUGUUUCACGUGGACGUGGCCCUGGGUCCUCACCCGUUCAGGCAGCCUCCCCUGUACCGCCUUGUGAGCGCCAGGGGCCGGUUUCACCUGUUCUGUGGUGUCUGUGGCAGGAGCUGGAUCUGAGGCUCCAGGCACAGCCUCCCGAGCUGUGCUGUCCACCUGGAGCCUUUCUUCAGUGAUGGACCUCAGCCCUCGCCCUGGCACUCCGGCCUCGUUGGUUCAUAAUGUCUCCGUGGUGGCCCUUCCGUGGCAGGUGGCCUCGGUCAGCUCCGUAGCAGGUCACCCAGAGUCUAGGGACCUUGAGAGCAGUGUUGUCACCUGUGGCGUCUGCGGCAGGAGCACGGGACCCAAAGGUGUCCUCGAUGGUCCCCGAGGCCCCCGGGGGCCACUUGUCGCCCUCAAAUCAUGAGAGCAAGUGAGGGGGCCGAGGAGACAGAGGGAGACAGAGACAGAGAGAUGGGGAGAGACAGAGACGGACACAAGAUGCAGGUGGGAGGGGCGGUGAGCCAGCGGGCAGGCGACUUGGUCCCUCGUGAGCUGCCCUGGCCUUUGCGGGUUUGGCCACCAGGUCAGGCCGCGCUCGGGGGAGGGGACUGGGCAGGCGCGAAGUCCCGCCAGCGGGGGGCCUGGCUCACUCACCGGGUGCGUGUCCCCCGGCGAGGGGGGCAGCGUUCUUCGGGGUCCAUGUCCUUUUACGUUAGGGCUGCUCCUGUGACUGCUGUGCUGAAAGGACCUCAUUUCUCUUGUAUGCGCGUCAGUGCUGACGUUAAGGAAUGCUGUGGACUAGGUUUUCUCAUGAUUUCCACGAGGGCCAGCGAUGAUGGAUUUUGUCUUUUUCUCGUCACCAUGACAGCACUGAUGCGCUGGGUGUGCCUGUGUGGCUCGGGAAGUGCUGCAGCCUUUCAGGAUGAGUCAGGAGGAGGUUACUGAGGUGAAGGUGCGCGCGUGCGUGCAAACUGGCUCCCUCAGCACCCCUCCCCGGUGGGCGGGCCCUGGCCUGUGCGGAAUCCUCGGGGUCCAGCGAAGGCGGCCGGGAGGUGAUGCAGAGGCAGACUGGGGGGGAGAUGCGGCAGGGCUCAGCCAGGUCACGCCUCCUGGGGGCAGGUGACGAGCUGGGGCCCCACUUUGCAUUUCUCAAGCCUGGAGCGUGGUGGUGUCGGCAGUAGGAAGGUUUGCUAGUUUAAGUAAAGUAGUUGUCAGCUUUUCAGCUUUCGUUCUUAAUUGGUUCAGCUCUUUCUAGCAGCAUUGUGUGUUUGGGAACACGUGUUUUACCGUCAUGGCUACUGUGGAUGGGAUAGCUGUACCUACUGUGAUUGAGCAACCGACUUUUUCCGCUAACUACAAACACAAAAGGCAGAAUAUGGUUUUUCUAAGGAAAAUUAAGGUUAGUUAUGGCAAACGAGUGCCUUUGUUGUUGGUUUGCAUGUAAUGGAUUUCGCAGCAUGGUGUUUCCCUAGAGGAAGCCAGGUUUGCACCUUAAAUACAAAGAUUUUGUCAGAAAGCGAGUCCAGAGCGCUGAUGUUCCAAUUCACUGCAAUUUCAGAAACAUGUCUCGAGGGUCAAGCGCCACCUGUGUUUUGAUGCCUGUUGUCAAGGCCCUGAGCUCGUAGCCUCUGGGCUGCGAGGUGCGGGGAGGGGCCCCGAGGCCUGCUCCGGAAGCGGGCGUUUUAGGAAAGGCUGCACUGGGGUGGCGGGUGGCUUGUGGGUGACGAUGCCCGCGACCCCUCCGUGCGCACCUGGGUGGACCGGCUCCUCUCCCGAGGUCGGCGCUGUCCGUGGUUUGUCCCGCUCCGGUGCAGUGUCCUGCAGGGCAGGGGCGGUGCAGAGGUGCUGUCCCCACACGGAGCCUGGGGCGGGCUAGGGUGUUGGCCUGAGUCGUCUUCAGGCCCGCAGACGACUCUGUCACCUUCCUACAGAGCCGGGCGAGAGGGGCCUUGGGUUCAGGGGUGAUGGCGACGUCUGUGUGCAGCGUCUCUGGAAGGUCUAGAAGGUGAGGUGGAGCCGUCUGGGCAGCGGGGUGGCCUCGAGGGUCUGCCCUGCUCCGAUGCCGUCGCUCUGACGUCUCGAGCUGCUUGACUGUGGCUGUCGCCCGCCCCCCCGAGGCCAGUGCCGCUCGCUUAGUCCCUCAGAAGGGACUCCUGGGGUCAGGGGACCUGAGAAAUUGCUGGGCUGUGACUGCGUGUCGUUGAUGGUUUGCGGUCGCGUCACAUCCAGGGGUCACGGCCGCGGCUGCCCACGGCCGUAGGUUUGCCCCCAAAGUGGCGGCCGGAUGGUGAACAGCAGUGCUUUGUUAUGUUCUGAGGAAACCUGUAACCGGCAUCGUCUCUGGGUGGGAACAGUGACCCCAAAAUGCAGUGGCCGAAAGUAACAACACACAUGUGUUCUCCCAGCAGCUGGGGAGGGUCGGGUGCGGGUGGCCUUGCCGAGGGGUCUGUCCCUGGGUCUGGCGGCGUCCAAGGGGUGAGGCGGCCACCCCGGGGGGCCUUGGUGUCCUCGCAGCACCCCGAGCGAGCGGCACAGGAGGGGCGACCCCGCUGUGGGGCACAGCCCGCGGUCCCCACGGGUCCCCGGUGAGGGCGGGAGCCCCCGAGGCCCCAGGUCCAGGCGGCUCCUCCAGGCUCAGCGAGGAGGUCCCCGCGGCGCUGGUGCGGCGCUUCAGGUUGUCUGAAGGGAGGGUUUCUCAGGUGUUUGUUUCCUUCACGUGCAGGCGAGCUUGUGUCUCCUCUGUGAUUCUGACACAUUGUGUGGGGAAGUAGAGGGAGUUUCUGCACCUGGGAGCCUGGCUGGGUGCGGGCUGCCGUCCACGCGGCCGUCCGUGUGAGGGGACGGGCCCCUCCGGGCCGUUGGGCCUCAGUCGGGUGUCGGGUGUCACAGGCUUCUCGCCCCUGCUGGGAGAUCAGGGCCGAGCACCCGGCAGCUCUGGGGGGGGUGGGGUCUCUCUGGAGGCGGCGGAGCCCGAUCCGUGGCUCUGGGUGGUGUCACCACGGGGGGUCAGCUGGCACCGGUGGGGGGCCCUGCGGCGGCCCAGACGUCCGCGAGGGGACCGCUGAGAGCCCGGCGGGAGACGCAGGCGCUGUCGUGGGUUCUGGCCCCGUCUCUGCUGUGGCUCCCCGCUGGAGUGUGGGAGGCUCUGGAGCGCCGCGCGGUGGGUGCAGGCGGCAUGGCGUCCAGGGUCAGGAGGCCGCUUCUGUGCAGUGUCGCUGCGGAGCCGGCUCUGCCCCAGAGCUCGUGAGCCGUUUGCCUCGUUUCUCCUACGUUUCCUGGUCCAAGUUCCCCUGGCUUAGGUGGGAGGCUGGGGCUGGCAGAGAAGGGUGGCCCUUUGCCCCACCCUCAGCAGUUUGCAGGAUGGGCCAUGCCCGUCGGCUCUGGCCGGGCAGCUGUUGCGGAGAGCCUGCGGCCGAGGAACGGAGGGUGGGCCCUGCUUCCGGGGUGGGGGGCGAGCGCCCCAACGCAGGACUUCCUGGGCGUGAGCUGCCGAGCUAUCGUGGGUCACGUCGCUGCGGGCCAAGCGUGAGAACCGAGCAGGCCGGGGGCAUCGGGGCCCUGGCCGACGGGGGCAGCGGCAUUGUUCGGCGCGGGGGACGCUGGUCCCCAGGGCGGGCCGCCCCUGCGCCCUGCGGGCACUGGCCUCGUCAUGGGGGCAGGCAGACCUCCUUGACCGCCAGCUGGCAUGUCCGCAUCGGGUCUCUGCUCUGUGGCUGCAGCGUUCACGCGGAGUCAGCUCUGGGGGAGCAGGACGGGGAACACGGAAGCCGGAGGGAAGGGCGGGGGGCCUGGGGCCCCCUGCCCGCUGCUGCCGUCCAGGCGAGGGGGACGAGCCUCUCUCGUCGCCUCUUCCAGGUGCGCGUCCUUAUACGGCCCUUCCUGGCCCUGGCGGGUCUUCGCUCUGGGGCUCUGGGGCUCCGAGCCUGCAUUACUGGGGCGUUUCUGGGACCCGUGAGAUGCGGGCUCCCCAGCCGUGAUCCGCGGCGGUCCUGGUGGUCAGGCACUUGGUCCUCCCCCUCGUUUUCUUGGGGGGUCAGGAAACGGCUACAGGGCGUUGCUGGGCUCAGCUUGUGGGUGGCCCCUCCCCCGUGGGGCCUGCCUUUGUCUGGGGCCUCAGCAGGUCGGGGGGCUCCCCCGUCUACCCGUGGGGGAUGUGCGUGCAUUUGAGCACCUCACGGACGUGCCCGCCCAGCCCCACCUCGGUGCAGGGCUGAGGUGGGCUUCUCCACGGCCGGUCUCGGGGCCGCUGGGCAGGGUCUCCAUAGCUUUUGUUUUCACACCUGGUUGUUGCGGGCACGUGCGAGGUGUGCGUUGCUGUGUAUGUGGGCGUGUGAGCGUGUGUGUGGACGUGUGAGCGUGUGGUGUGCGUUGGGGUGUGUGUGUGUUUACGUGCAUGCGUGUCUGUGUGCAUCUGUAUGUGCACAUACGCACAUAUCCGUGUCUGGCGGCCAGGUCCGGUCGGGAGGGCUGGAUCCGGGCCCCGCUCCGAGCAGAGCCGCUGGGUCCAGGGUGUGGCUGCAGGUGCCCCUCCUGGCGCUUGGCGGAGCAGAGAAACGCUGGCGGUUCCCAGACGUGGGGAGGCUGCCGCCACACGGCCUGACGCGGGCGGGCAGGGCGGUACCGUGGCUGGUCUGUGGAGGUCCGGGUCCCCAGCGUGUCUCACCCGAGGCUGUCACCAUGACAGUUCGGGCGGUGCUCCGAGCCCUCCGUAGUCGCACGUGUCGGGCACACGCUUCUUUCGUUCAAGCGGCCCAUCGUGCUGGUGCCCCAAACACGCUUGACCGUGAGGUGCCGCCCUGUGCCCCUCUGGUCGCCCUGGGACGAGGGGGGCGCUGGGGGGUGUUGGGUGCAUCCCGUGGCCGUGAAGGGCGGGGACGGACGUGCCCCGGGCCCCAGGCCCACGCCCCCCAUGCACAGAGGUCUGUCCUGAUGCUGGGAGCGCGGUGUCCGGCACGCUGACGGAACCAAAGGUGCUGUUCUCAGGCCAGAGCACCAGUUUGCUUUCCCGGUGGCCCACCCGUGGUUACGCAUCGCUGAUCCCAAAUGUGAAAUGCCAUGUGACUUAGUUGAUAACUAAGGGAAGUGUUGCACGGUGUCCCAAAGGCUGAGAUUCAGAGGCUGACAGGAUCCUUUUCCCGCUGCUGAGAGCCGAUCACGGCCGGUCUAAUUGAAGCCAACGGGGAACUCAAGGUCUUCAUCGACCAGAACCUUAGUCCUGGAAAAGGUGUGGUGUCCUUAGUGGCCGUUCAUCCCUCCACAGUAAACACGCUUGGGAAGCAGCUCUUGCCAAAAACGUUCGGACAGUCCAAUGUCAACAUCGCUCAGCAAGUGGAAGCGUAGCAGGAAAGGGGAGAAGAACGGCAAGGGGCUGAGGCAUUUCUCCAUGAAGGUCUGCGAGAAGGUGCAGCGGAAGGGGACCACGUCCUACAACGAGGUGGCAGACGAGCUGGUGGCAGAGUUCAGCGCCGCGGACAACCACAUCUUACCGAACGAGUCGGCUUACGACCAGAAGAACAUCAGACGGCGGGUCUACGACGCCCUGAACGUGCUGAUGGCCAUGAACAUCAUCUCCAAGGAGAAGAAGGAGAUCAAGUGGAUCGGUCUGCCCACCAACUCCGCCCAGGAGUGUCAGAACCUAGAGGUGGAGAGACAGAGAAGACUGGAAAGGAUAAAGCAGAAACAGUCGCAGCUCCAGGAGCUUAUCCUGCAGCAAAUCGCCUUUAAGAACCUGGUGCAGAGGAACCGCCAGGCGGAGCAGCAGGCCAGCCGGCCGCCCCCCGCCAACUCCGUCAUCCACCUGCCUUUCAUCAUCGUGAACACCAGCAAGAAGACGGUCAUCGACUGCAGCAUUUCCAACGACAAGUUUGAGUACCUGUUUAAUUUCGACAACACGUUUGAAAUCCACGAUGACAUCGAGGUGCUGAAGCGCAUGGGGAUGGCCUGCGGGCUGGAGUCCGGGAGUUGCUCCGCCGACGACCUGAAGGUGGCGAGAAGUUUGGUGCCGAAGGCGCUGGAACCCUACGUGACAGAAAUGGCUCAGGGAUCGCUCGGCGGUGUCUUUGUCACGUCGGCUGUUUCAACUGCCAACGGCACGAGGCUCUCUGCCAGACUCACGGUUUACCAAGUAAGCUCCUCCGUUUUGUGGAGAGCAGUUGAAGGCCGCAGUUUGGGCGCAGAGAGGAUGCUGUGAGGCCCCCCCGGGGGUGCCGCUGUGUCUCUGCGUGGAGACAGGCCUCCUCCGAGUCUGGAGCCUGGAUGACCUGUGUCAAGUUGUAGCUCUAGGUCGGGGUCCCCUCGGGGCCUUCCCUUGCUGUUCAGCUCAGACAUGAAGACACUGAAUGACUUGGGACGGUGCCUGAGCAAGUUGUAGCUCAGAAGAAACGUCGCCUUCCCUCCCCUCGUGGUGGGCGUGGCCAUCUCCCGUUGGUGCCCUGGGACCGUAACUGACCACAGCUGACCCUUCGCGUCUCGUGUGCGCUGUGCUGGGACGCGGGCGGUGGCUGAAGCCGGGGGUCUUUGCCCAGGAUUCUGGCUCCUGAAGCCCCUCCGUUGUAGGCCAGGGUCUCGCCUGCGGGCCUGUUGGCAUUUUGGGCCGGACCACCCUUUGCUGUGCAUGCUGCCCGUGCCUUGUGGGGCACUGGGUUGUGCCCUCGACCUCAGAUACUAGCACCACCCCCCGGCCUGGGCCCACCCCAGGGGCCCAGCCCCUAGAGCCCAGGGUCCCCGCCGUGGUCCCCGCCUGGGCCCACCCCCGGGGCCGGCAUUCCAAAGAAUAAAACCUGCAAGAGCCAUGUGUCCUUGGGGCCGUCCUGGAGGCGCAGGCUGCAGUAAGACGCGCCCGUCACCCCCAGCUUCCUGGCUCAGCCCGGACGCCAGAGGAGCUGAGGGUGGGGCCUGGCGUGGCGUUUCCACAGCGGACACACGCACACGCCAGCACACGCUCACGGGGUGCCCCUUUACUCCCCAGCUCCCAGCCUUCAGGGAGGUCAGGGAAGUCACAGGCGGAGGCCUGGGAGGAGAGUCUCGGGGCUUUUCCGGUUGGUGUGCCCGAGUCUCGCUUCCGACAUGAUGAUAAAUGGGGAGGACUCAGUGCUGGGGCCCUGCCGGAGCCCCUCGUCCAGUGGUGAUGGGUGAAGGGGGCGUGACGGGUGGCGUCAGCCUCGGGGGCGCUGGGUUCUGUGCUGCACGUGGGUAAGGCUUGCCGUUUCUGUUCGUGUAGUUGAGAACACCCGGACCUCCCGGGGAUGCCGGCCCGUCUCUGGCGCCGCAGACGCCGCCACUGACACCUCCUGUCC